AUGUGGAAAAUUGGAGAUGGUACCCAAGUUAACAUUUGUUCUGAUAAUUGGGUGCCGGGAGGAGGGCCUUUGAUUUAUAGCCAUUUUUUGUUCGAUGAGCUAAGUCUCUCAAAGGUGUCUAUGCUCAUUAACCAUGAUGGUCAUUGUUGGAGGAGAGAUUUGAUUGAACUUGUAUUCAAUCCAAGCACAACAACUAGCAUUCUCUCUAUUCCCUUGAGUAUGCAUGGAGGCAGUGACGUGUUCUACUGGCCGGGUACUAGCGAUGGUCAAUACACAUCCAAGGAAGGCUACGGUUUUUUGAGGAAGUUGCUGGCCCGAGAUGAAGCUUCUUCAUCCACCACAGUUAUUCUAGCUCCAAAGUUUUGGAAAAAAUUAUGGGCUUCCCGUGCUUUACCUCGCUGCAAGGAGACUUGUUGGAGAGCUAUAUCGGGUUAUUUGCCGUUGAAGGAGCGGUUAUUCAGACGUCGCGUUGAUGUGGAUCCUAGCUGCAGCUUUUGUGCAGCGGAGUUGGAAGAUGAGGACCACUUGUUUCUGCAUUGUCCAGCAGCGAAGCAGGUCUGGUUCGCGUCCCAGCUAGCUGUUCGGGUGGACCUUUUCUCGUCCUUCAAGGAGUUCUGGCUAGCAGCGGUGGAGCUUGAUGAUGAUGAUGCAAUAGCCACGAUUCAGGCCACGGUUUAUGCACUAUGGGAGGCACGAAACAACAUCUGUUUCAAGCAGCGUGAGUUCGUGGUGGCAGGGGUUCUUCGACGGGUGAGCAACUCGAUGGAAGAGGCUAUUGUGCGUGACCGCGAUCGAGGGCCUAUGGCAGCCUUGCCCGCGAAGUGGCAAAAACCAGCACUAGGUACCAUUAAAUGCAACUUUGAUGCUUCUUUUCAUGAUCGGGGUCCUUCUGGUUUGGGGAUGGUGGCUCGGAACAGUGAUGGGGAGGUAAUGGCUGCGGUUUGCUCUUUUCCUAUCACUACCCUCUCCCCUCUCUUGGCUGAGGUGAUGAGCAUGAGAUGGACUAUGCAAUUGGCAAUUGAUUUAGGAUUCCGCCGGGUGUGCUUCGAAACGGACUGUCUACAACUUUUCAACCACUGGCGAGCAAGUCGGGAAGGGCGUUCAUAUCUGAGUUCGAUUAUCCAUGAUUGUCGUUUAUUACUUUCUGCUUUUGAUUCUGUUAGUGUUUAUUUUGUUAGACGCACGGGCAACACCGUUGCGGAUUUUCUGGCUAGGAACGCUGAAACCUAUGCUAAUUUAGUAUGGGUGGAGGAGGUUCCUGUAGCCGCUUUUCAUUUGGUUUUUUCUGAUGUAAUGACUCAAUUGCCGGUUGGCGCUUAA